AUGGCGAGUGACGACCAGGUGGCCAUCUUGACAGACGACGAGGAGGAUCAGAAGAGGAAGUAUGUCAUGGCAGAACCCUUCAACACCCUGUCCAAAACCUUGGAUCAGAUAGCAGCAGGUGCGGGCCCCACCGCUGCCUCCCAAGGUCCAGCAUCACCCCCGACAGACACACAUGCCACCAACAGCAAUGACUGCCUGGAGAGGAACUGCGUGCAGAUCGACAACCACUUACUCAUCUCCAAGGUCUUCUACUUCUUCUUCUAUGCGGCCUAUGGGUCCCUGCACCCGUUGCUGUCUGUCUACUACAAGCAACUGGGCAUGACGCCCAGCCAGAGCGGCCUGCUGGUCGGGAUUCGGUACUUCAUAGAAUUCUGCAGCGCCCCCUUUUGGGGGGUGGUGGCGGACCGCUUCAAGAAGGGCAAGGUGGUGCUGCUGUUCUCCGUCUUCUGCUGGUUGGUGUUCAACAGCGGCAUCGGCUUCAUCAAGCCUGCCUCCAUGACCUGCGUGGAAAGGAAACCUACAGUCGUGUCCCCCACCAGUCCCGCCCAGAUCGGUCCGUCGGCCAAUCACAGCAGGAACCGCAGGGGUGCGAGUGGAGACUUUUUCCCCCUCCCUUUUGUAUCAGACUCAGUUAGCGGUCCCCUGCACAGGUAUGUGAGGAGCGAUGGUGGUAAUAUCACUGGACCCAGUACUGUCACAGGACCUGUGCCUUCCUCCACCAUCUCCACAACAAUGUUGACAUCUUCCCCCUCCACCACCACCACCAAAACAAAAACAACAACAACAACAAAAACAGUAGCAACAACAACAGCCGGCUCAAAACCUGCCUCAAAUCUGACCAUGACCAAACCAACCACCACAACCACCACUACCAAAGUCUAUGACAUCAUCUCCAACCACGACCAGGUGCAGACCAUCUUCCUCCUGAUCCUGCUGGUCAUCAUCAUCGGCGAGUUCUUCAGUGCUCCGGCCGUGACCAUCGUGGACACGCGCACCCUGCAGUACCUGGGCCCCCACCGGGACCGCUAUGGUCUGCAGAGGAUGUGGGGCUCUCUGGGCUGGGGCCUGGCAAUGCUGUGCGUGGGCAUCUGGAUCGACCACACCCACAUCAAGCUCUUCAUCCAGGGCACCGGCUGCAUCGUGCCUGACUACAAGAACUACCAGAUAGCCUUUAUUGUCUUUGGAGUCCUGAUGGCCGUUGCUUUUAUAGUGUCUACUCAGUUCUACUUUGAGAGUAGUACUAGUGACCAUCGGCCAAUGGAGGCACAGGUGGAGGAGGAUAAGAGACAGGAUAUGGAAUCUUCUCAAACGUCCAGUGGCGUUUCAUCUCCCGAAGGGCAUACGGUGGAAUCGUUAGAAUCUCAAAGUUCCAUCAGCCAGCGGUUCCUUUACUGGGACCUCCUUCGGCUGCUGUGCAGUGUACAAUACGGCUCAGUGCUCUUCGUGGCCUGGUUCAUGGGAUUCGGCUACGGCUUCGUGUUCACUUUCCUCUACUGGCACCUGGAGGACCUGAAGGGGACCACCACGCUUUUUGGAGUCUGCUCGGUGCUGAGCCACAUCUCGGAGCUGGUAGCCUACUUCACCAGCCACAAGCUCAUCGAGCUCAUCGGCCAUAUAAGGGUGCUGUACAUCGGGCUGGCCUGCAACACGGCCCGCUAUCUGUACAUCUCCUACCUGGAGAACGCCUGGGUUGUCCUGCCCAUGGAGGUCCUUCAAGGUGUGACCCAUGCCUCAGUGUGGGCAGCGUGUAUCUCCUACCUGAGUGCUGCUGUGCCUCCAGAGCUGAGGACCUCUGCCCAGGGUAUCCUCCAGGGCCUGCACCUGGGGCUGGGCCGGGGCUGUGGGGCCAUGGUGGGGGGAGUGUUUGUCAACUUCUUUGGAGCAGCCCACACCUUCAGAGGGAUAGGAAUCGCCUCCCUCGUCAUCCUCCUCCUCUUCGCUCUCAUCCAAUGGCUGGCUGUGCAGAGUGGGGAGAAAAAUACCAAAAUGCUGGCGGAGAACAUUCCCGUCCCCUCCAGUCCUGUUCCCAUAGCAACCAUCGAUGUUAUCCAAUCAGAUAACGUCGCCGCAACAACGCCACCACCAAGGAAGACCAAGCACCAGGAGGAGCAGGAGGACAUGAGCAAGCCCGCCUGGGUGGUGUCCGCCUCGCCCUGGGUCUCCCUGGCCUUCGCCCUGCACCAGAUCAGAGAGAUCGCUGUCCUGGCCAGGAGCAGCCCUGCCAACAACCAUCAGCCGCUCGAGGAGAUCAAUGAGAUCAGCACAGAUGAACCAACAGAGGAAACCUCCCAGUCCUCAUCUCAAGACCCCCCCAGCAGGUCCCCACAGACGGGACCCCCCCUACCUGACCAGGAUCCCCUUAUGCCUGCUGACCAACCACCCCUCCCCACUGGCCACACACAGUAAAGGGGGAACACAUUGCACAUUUUGAGGAACUGUCCCAAAAUGUUUUCCAAGCAACACCACCAACCGACAGAG